UGUUUGCCAUUCUCUGUUUGCAUCUUUAAACGCGUGUUUAUUUUCAAAUAAUUAUAAUAAUUUAUAUUAAACAUUCACUAAAAUGUCACAACGUAAUGAUGAUAGAGUACCGGCAGAAGAAAGUGACCUUCUUCAAAUUAAGCCACUGGGGGCCGGUCAGGAAGUUGGAAGAUCUUGUAUAAUGCUUGACUUUAAGGGAAAGAAAAUCAUGCUUGAUUGCGGCAUACACCCGGGUUUAUCCGGUAUGGAUGCAUUGCCUUAUGUAGACUUAAUAGAAGCUGAUGAAGUUGAUCUCCUCUUUAUAUCGCAUUUUCACUUGGAUCACUGCGGUGCGCUGCCAUGGUUUCUGAUGAAGACCAGUUUUCGUGGGCGAUGCUUUAUGACACACGCCACGAAAGCUAUAUAUCGUUGGAUGUUAUCGGAUUACAUAAAGAUUAGUAACAUUUCCACAGAGCAAAUGCUCUACACUGAAGCGGAUUUGGAGGCGUCUAUGGAAAAAAUAGAAACUAUAAAUUUCCACGAAGAACGUGACGUUAUGGGUGUACGCUUUUGUGCUUACAAUGCAGGACAUGUACUCGGUGCUGCUAUGUUUCUAAUUGAAAUUGCCGGCGUGAAGAUACUUUACACAGGUGACUUUUCUAGACAGGAAGAUCGCCAUUUGAUGGCUGCCGAGAUACCACCAGUUAAACCAGACGUCCUCAUAACAGAAUCAACCUAUGGUACUCAUAUUCAUGAAAAGCGCGAAGAUCGUGAAAACAGAUUUACAUCAUUGGUGCAAAAGACGGUACAGCAGGGUGGUCGUUGCUUGAUACCGGUAUUUGCUUUAGGACGCGCUCAAGAGUUGCUACUUAUACUAGACGAAUAUUGGUCACAGAAUCCUGAACUGCACGAAAUACCCAUUUACUAUGCAUCAUCGCUGGCUAAGAAAUGCAUGGCUGUAUAUCAAACAUAUAUUAAUGCCAUGAAUGACAAGAUACGACGCCAAAUCGCUGUGAAUAAUCCAUUUGUGUUUCGACACAUUUCAAAUCUGAAAGGCAUAGAUCAUUUUGACGACAUCGGUCCCUGUGUUGUGAUGGCGUCACCUGGUAUGAUGCAAAGUGGUUUGUCGCGAGAAUUAUUCGAAAAUUGGUGCACAGAUCCCAAAAAUGGUGUCAUUAUUGCUGGCUACUGUGUUGAGGGCACAUUGGCUAAAACCAUACUGUCUGAACCAGAAGAAAUUACGACUUUAGCUGGACAAAAGUUGCCAUUAAAUAUGUCUGUGGAUUAUAUUUCAUUUUCUGCACAUACUGACUACCAGCAAACCAGCGAAUUUAUACGACUGCUAAAACCUCAACAUGUGGUUUUGGUUCAUGGUGAGCAGAACGAAAUGUCCCGUCUUAAAAUGGCAUUGCAGCGUGAAUAUGAAGCCGAUACUACCACAAACAUCAAAUUCUACAAUCCCCGAAACACACAUUCCGUGGAGCUAUACUUCCGUGGCGAAAAAACCGCCAAAGUAAUGGGUAAUUUAGCGGCUACAAAGCCAGAAGUUGGUAAUAAAUUAUCUGGAGUCCUAGUGAAACGCGACUUCAAAUACCAUCUGCUUGCAGCUUCUGAUUUGUCGAAAUACACCGACAUGAGUAUGUCCGUUGUAACACAGCGACAAUCCAUACCAUGGAAUAGUUCGGUAAGCACCUUAAAGUUACUGCUGGAUCGAAUUGGUGGUGCCGGCACGACGGAAGUACUAGAGGAAGAAAAACAUAUUCGCGCAUUUAAGUGCAUCGACUUAUCGGUGGAGGGAAAAAUAAUUAUAAUGGAGUGGCAGGCAACGCCCGUUAACGAUAUGUUCGCCGACUCUGUACUCGCUUGCAUAAUGCAAACUGAAAUGGGUGGUACUAACAUUAAGGGCACCACGGCUAUAGCCAAAUCGGAUCGCACACAUUUUAAUGAAUGUUUAGUGGAAACACUGCAGGAUACAUUUGGCGAGCAUUCAGUACCAAAGAUGUUCAAAGGCGAUGUUUUGCCCGUUACAGUGGCCGGAAAGCGAGCCGAAGUGAAUUUGGAAACACUGCAAGUGCAUUGCCCGGAAGAUGAAAGUUUGCGACAAAUUGUUAAUACGGCAGUGCAAAAACUACAUCAAGCCUUGGUCACCCUGCCAUAAGCUACAAUAAAUAUGUAUACAACAUUAUUUUUAUAAUCGAAUGUUCAAUUUUUUAUUGUGUCUGAAAAAACCAAUUAUACAUUACAUUGGUACCUAUUAUUAAAUUGGAAAUAGUUAAGUCAUACGCAA